AUGUAUUCGCAAUAAUAUGUGUAAUACAGUGUAUAUUGAUUUGUGAGAAAAACAGUAAAUUUGUAAUCAACAGUUUAUUCUAUAAAAUUAGAUGAUUAUGAAUGGCUUCCUGUGACGACCAGCCUGUAGCUACACAUCACGAACAAACAUCAACAGACACAAUAAACAGAAUAUUGGCUACUAUAUAUGGACAGUGUAUUGGAGAUGCAAUAGGACUUCUCUCGGAAUUCCUUUCAAAGCAAGAGGCAAAGGAGCAUUAUGGACCUGUUGCUAAAGUUCUUGAAUACAAACAUAAAGACCUCUGCAAAGAUGCACAUAGAUUGAGCUGGAAAGAAGGCGAUUGGACAGACGACAGCGACCAGAUGAUACUAAUUAUGAGAUCUUUAGUUGACUGUGAUGGGAAGGUGAAUUCCGUUGACUUCGCUACAAAACUUACAGAAUGGAUAAAGCAUGGGUACAAGGAGUUAGGAGACCAUGCUGGAUUAGGCUUAGGUACUACUACAGCAAAAGUGACGUCAAAUUAUGAAUACCUUAAAGACCCACAUGAGAGAGCUCGUUUAGUUUGGGAGCGCAAUGGGAGAAAAGUUGCUCCUAAUGGUGCUGUAAUGAGAACUUCUAUUCUUGGUGUUCACAUGUACUGGAGUUUAGAUGACGUUGCUAAGAACGCUAGAGAUAUUGCCAAGACAACACAUUAUGAUCCAAGGUGUCAGGCUUCAACAGUGGCUGUAUCCGUUGCCAUAGCAUCUAUGCUACAGGGAAAGCAUACGGACCGGAGUGGCCGUUUUAGAGUCAACGACAUAAUAAGCGAAGCCUACGAAUAUGCAUCAGCUUGCUUAGAAACGGACGAAGAAAAGAAAGAACUCAUGUUUUAUAUGAAAUGUAAAAGGAUUAAAAAUUUGAAAUUAGACGAACAUUUAAAAAUUGGCUACACAUACAAAUCAAUGGGCACUGGAUUUUGGGCUUUGAAGCAAGACAAUUUCAGGAAAGCUAUUACUAAAGUUAUGCUGCAGGGUGGUGACGCAGACUCAAAUGCCUGUGUAGGGGGUGCUUUACUGGGAUGUAAACUAGGUAUGCCUGCUUUACCAGAGUCAUGGCUGACGAAACUGUUACAUAAAGACUGGUUAGAUAAUGAAAUAAAAAAAUAUUUUGAAAUGAUGAAAUGGGAAUGGAGUAACCAACCGAAAGACACAUGAUUAUAAACAUCAUGACAAGAGUUGACAGACCAAGAACAAAUAACGUUAAAAUAUAAUUAUUUCUAAAAUCAGUCAUAAUUUGACUAGAAUUAGCCAGUAAUGCGUGC